AAACAAAGCAUCUCCUUGAAAGUAGCUGCAAACUAUAGUGAACCUAAACUGGAAGUCAUUAACAACUCUAUGACCAAUGGAAAUAUUUCAGUCUACAUGUGCUCUACUUAUGGGGGCUAUCCAAAAGGGAAUAUCUACUGGAUUAUGGAUGAUAAGCCACAACUCCAGGACUCAGACAGAAUUCAGUUCAAUUCAACAAAUGAGACACGCAAUCGAAGCUACAACAUCACGAGUGUCUACACUGUUGUCAAUGUACUUCACAAAAUCAGAAAAAUCCAAUGCAUAGUUGAAAACAGUGCACUCCAGGUCAACUUGACAGCAAGCUAUGAAGAAUCACCAAAUCCUGAUAAGCAGAUGGAAGAAAAGAAGAAGAUGACUAUCAUUGCAACUGUUUCUGUUUUCUUAAUAAUAACAGUAACACUUAUACUGGCAGUUCUUGGAAUCAGACAUAGAAAUAAAAAGGCUGGCACAUCUGUGAUUUGAAAAGUCAACUGUGCUCCCUUUGGCGUGAAAUCAUCAAAUUGCUUCCCAUAUGAAGCUGAACUAAGUACUGUUGAUGGAUAUGUUGCCUUCUUCAAGGACUGACACUUUCUUGUGCCAGAGAAAGUGGGCUUGGGCAUUUCGGCAAGUUUGUUUUAAUUGUACUUAAUCUAUAUUAAGUCUAACUCUGCUGGUGUUGUAUGAAUACACAUCUUUAAAAAAAAAUUGAAGAAGGUAAAAAAAACAAAGACAUUUUUUCUGGCAUCCUCUGUGCUUUUAGAUUUCUGAAGUUCUAAAGCAGCAUCUAAAGAAUUGUGUAUCUUCCGACUUGAGGUGUAAUGGCGAGAGAGAAAGGCAGCUUUAAGGGAACUGAAACACGUGGAAUAGUGUGGCGUCGGAAACAGAAUGAGGAACAGAUGUCUUGUCUUGAACCACCCUGCUUAGAAAUAAAGCAAGUGGAAAUGGAACAAAGAGUGCACAUGUGACUGUGGUUUGGAAGACGAUGCCAGGUGACGUCAGACUAAGACGUAGAAGGACCGACUAUGGGGAAAACUGCUAAGCCAUACUUCACUGUGUAGUGCUUGUUCUUUGUAAUGAGAUGGAAGUGAACUUUUUCUCGAGAACUCUGUGCCCUGCUUGAAAUCCAAAAUGCCAGUCUAAGGGCUAACAGUUCAAGUGAAGUGACUGUGGUGAAUUCUUCUAAAUUUUAAGGAAAGUAUCUGUUUGCAUUUUCAUGUUCACAGAAAUGGGGUCAUUUUUCAAGAUGUUGCAAAGAAAAGUGUUUAUCUGUGCAAUGGGUUUAAAGGUUAAGGUUAUAGCAGAAGGGUUUUGUGUAAUGGAUAGGAGGAAUCAAACGGAAUACAAGCUGUAAUGUGAAUAUUUCACACUUAAUCAGAAAGAAAGUUGCCUGCAAGUUCUCACAAGUUGGGGUUGCAUGUUUUUAAUGUAAGGUUUUUUCAUUUGGACACUCGAAAAAUCCAACAACACGAGUGGCAAGUCAUUUAGGAAGCAUAAAUAGCCCUGGUAUAAGUAUGUACAUCCUGUGAUAGACAUGAUAAAUCACAGCUUUGUUCAAGCGAUUUGAUACUAAGGAGAAAGAAGGAUGGUUGGCUUAUUUUUGCUUCUGGCUUAUGGCCCAAAUCAAUGAGAAGUUAACACUUUGACGUUAAGCUAGCAAUGGAAGGUCUGGAAUGUGAAUAGAUACAGUAAGCAGGGCAGGACGCAUUAGUAACACACCUACACACAGUGAUGCCUGGGCCUCUGCAUUUACCUAAAAUGAAUCUCAUUAUUAUUAUAUAAAACGUAUGGAGAGAUAAUGCAAAGCACCAAGUAACAACAAAGAGACAAAAUCAUACAGUUUUUCUGAGUCACCAUAUACAGAUUUCAAAUUCCAUCCCUCUACCAUUUGUUGGGGGGAUUA